GAAAAAAAAUAAGACUACAGAAACAAAUUGGACUAUGUGCCACCACCAGAAUUAACAGCAAAUAGCUCAUUCACACUUGGAAGCCACCUAUAUAUACACAUAUACCUACAGAAACCGGAUUACUACUGAGUACAGGCAUAUAAAAAUCUGGGGUUUAUCAGAAAUCUUGAAGUAGAAGUGGGAUUUAAUUUGAAGAGAAAAAUGUUGGAAGGAAAAGCUUUGAUAGAAGAUACUGAUAUGCCAUUGAAGAUGCAGAUUCAAGCUAUGGCUUCUGCUUCUCAAGCUCUGGAUCUCUAUGAUGUUAUGGACUGCAAAUCCAUUGCUGCCCACAUCAAGAAAGAGUUUGAUAAGAGAUAUGGGAAUGGAUGGCAAUGCGUGGUUGGAUCAAACUUUGGAUGUUUUUUCACACAUACUAAAGGGACUUUCAUAUAUUUCACGUUGGAGACACUAAACUUUCUCAUCUUCAAAGGUGCUACUUCUCCUUGAUGUAUUAUAAUUGCACGUCUAUGGAUUGGACAGUACUGAAUGGUAAAAUGAAUAAUUGUCUAUUAUACUGUCCAGUCUUGUUUAAUAGAGACGUGAUUAACCAUCUUAAAUGGUUUGAAGAGGUUGAAGGGAGUGCAAUGAAAUGAUUUAGAGGAAGUUUUUCUAAUGCCUUUUCUGUAAUGGGGUUGUAUAAAUACUAUAUACUGCAUAUGUUUA